AUGAAGUCGUCGUCACUUUGCACAGCUCGCCUAGCCUUUCAUGGCCUCCAAAAGCGAGCCUACUCGCACGUCUCGGCCCCAAGACAUCUCAUGUCCAUCAGCGACGUGACACCCGCCGAAUUCGUCUCGCUCGUUCGCAAUGCUGCGCAACGCAAGAACAUGGUCAAGGCUGGUGAAACGCCGUCAUCUCUGAGUGCGUCCAUGUCUGGCCGUACCGUCGCCAUGAUGUUCAGCAAGAGGAGUACUAGGACGCGAGUGUCCACCGAGGCAGCUGUGACGCUGCUGGGAGGCCAUCCCAUGUUUUUGGGCAAAGACGAUAUUCAGCUCGGCGUGAACGAGUCUUUGCACGACACCUCCGUCGUCAUCUCAUCCAUGACCUCCUGCAUGGUCGCCCGGGUCGGGCCUCAUUCCGACGUCGCCGGCCUCGCCAAACACUCCAGCGUACCUGUAAUCAAUGCCCUCUCCAACGACUUCCACCCUUUGCAGACUAUUGCCGACUUUCUCACCAUCCAUGAGACGUUCCCUGCGUCAUCUUUAUCCGGCAACAGUCUUGGCCUCAGCGGCCUGAAAAUUGCUUGGGUCGGAGACUCCAACAAUGUGCUCUUUGAUCUGGCCAUCGCAUGUGUCAAGAUGGGCGUCCAUAUUGCCGUUGCAUCGCCCAAGGGCUAUGGCAUUCCCGAGGGGAUGAAGAAGCUCAUCACGUCCGCGGCUACGGGUGUCGAGUCGCCCGGGAAACUGACGGAAACUACCAUCCCUGAGGAGGCCAUUAACGGUGCUGAUGUGUUGGUAACGGAUACAUGGAUUUCCAUGGGUCAGGAGAGCGAGCAGAAGAAGAGGCUGAAGGCUUUCGAGGGGUACCAGAUUACGAAUGAGUUGGCCAAGCGAGGUGGUGCCAAGGAAGGCUGGAAGUUUAUGCACUGCUUGCCUCGACAUCCCGAGGAGGUUGCGGACGAGGUUUUUUAUAGCCCUAGAUCCCUUGUUUUUCCAGAGGCCGAGAAUCGUUUAUGGGCUGCAGUUGCUGCACUUGAGGGCUUCGUUGUCAACAAGGGAAAAUUGUAG